UACAGCGGUAAAUAAUUUCUUAAUAAAAUUGUAGCUAAUUGAAUAUAAGUUAACAGAAGUACAUUUAAAGAGUGUUUGGACCUUAGAAUGUUAAAUUAUUUGGCUACAUGCCAAAGUAUCUAAAAUAACUUCUAAUCCCGUACUAGCCAAAGCAUUGGAAGAUCGAGUUCAGCAUGACAUCACACUUGUAUUUUCUGUGUUGUAUUUUAUUGAGUGGAUAUUAUCAUUAUGUUGAGGCAUCCUGUGAGGUACCAAUGUGCACGUGUCUCAUAGACGGAGAUCAUGUUCAGGUGGAACAAAAUCUCGAAGGAAACGAGGCAUUGGCGGGAACUGUUGGUGCAUUAAGUUCAUUGCUUAUAACCGGAAGUGCACUUGGGUUGUAUGUUCUUUACCAGAAACGAUGUAAGACCCCCGGGAUUUCCAGACAGGUGUCCGAUUUAUCUAUUAAUAAGCCGCCUCCUCCAGGACGAAAAGGAAUGUCCCCGCCGCCACCCUAUCGUCCGGAUACCUCUGCUUCCAGAAACAUAUACCGGGCUGGGAUGAAAGAUCCUACAAGUCAUCGUGUGGGAAACCGCAGUGCCACACAGCAUCUGUACGAUAGGAUGUCAGACUGGAAUUAAACAUUGUUCCUUUUCAUAUGUCAUUAUUAGAAAAUAAAAUG